AUGACCUCCCUUUCCUUCUACCGAUGCAACGCCCAAUCAUGCAAAGCCUCCGCCUUGGUCAACUUCCUCUCCGCCUUUUCCGCCGGUGUCUCGGUAGCUUUUGUGGUUGGCGUUUUUGUCUUUGUCGCCUUGCUAUCCCGCUUUGACGGGAGCAGCGACCUCAGAAGCGAUUUCGUACUCGUCAUUGUCGACGAUGAUUUUAUCGACAUUGUAUCUUUUUCCGGUGUAGAUGUGGAUGUUGAUCGCGUAGUAGACGACAUGUUGAGUAUUAUGUAUCGUAGCUUUGAUAAUGAUGAUGAUGAUGAUGAGGAUGAUGUUCCAAUUGAUUUGAUGCCUCAACUCCUAGAUUACAUCCCCUAA